AUGACGGGGAACAGCUUCACCGUGCAGUCGCAUGAAGACCAGACGGGUCGCGAGUACUUCCACCACUCGUCUGCCCAGCGCGUCAACACCGAUGUCGUCCUCGUUGAAGCUCUGCGCAAGCAAUAUCCCCACCUCGAGCUUGUCGUGGUGCCCGUAGGCGUGACCAAUCUGCUCGCAUACGCCUCUGCUGGCUUCGCCAAAGCGACGCCGCUCGAAGAUGCCGUCCGCGAUCCUGUUUAUGGUGUUGGAUUAAAACACCGCAGCUACGUUCCACCAUUCCGACGCUUCGACAGCGGACCUGGUGUCUUUGUCGACAACGUCACCUUCGGCAAAUUCCUGUACAAAUGGAAGGACCAGGAGGCGAUAGUAUACAUUGCAGACGGACGAGAUGGAGUGUCAAGCUACCCAGCUCCUCGGAACCACUACAUCCUCACCACCAAUGAGCACAAGGUCGACGAGCUGCUCAAGCUCGCCUCCCUCUGGGGCUCGCAGCUGCACAAUGAGGUCUGGGUCUAUGACCAGGGCUACUGGCAAAAGAGCGCCGAGCUCUACAACGCUGUACAAAAGGCAGACUGGCAGAACGUCAUCCUGGACGAGGACAUGAAGAAGGCCCUCGUCGCUGACGUGGAGAACUUCUUCGACGGCCAGAAGACAUACACGGACCUCAAAGUCCCGUGGAAGCGCGGCGUCAUCUACUACGGCCCACCAGGCAAUGGCAAGACCAUCAGCAUCAAGGCCAUGAUGCACAGCCUCUAUCAGCGCGGUGUCGAAAAGGGCGACAACCGCCUCACCGUCCCCACUCUCUACGUCCGCACCCUGACCUCCUACGGCGGCCCCGAGUACUCGCUCCGUCAGAUCUUCAACAAAGCCCGCCAGGAAGCGCCAUGCUACCUCGUCUUCGAAGACCUCGACUCCAUUGUCAGCGACAACGUGCGCUCCUACUUCCUCAACGAAGUCGACGGUCUCACGUCAAACGAUGGCAUCAUGAUGGUCGGCUCAACGAACCAUCUCGACCGCUUGGACCCGGGCAUUUCCAAGCGCCCCAGCCGUUUCGAUCGGAAAUACUACUUCUCCGACCCAGACUUCGGCCAGCGUGUCCAAUACGCACAGUUCUGGCAGAACAAGCUCAAGGACAACAAGGACAUUGAGUUUCCGGACGACUUGUGCAGUAAGGUUGCAGAGAUCACCGACAAGUUCUCGUUCGCGUAUAUGCAGGAGGCCUUUGUGGCCAGUCUGCUGGCCAUCGCGGUCAGAGGUGGUAAGUCUGAGGAGGUAGACAAGUGGUCGGGCCCGCAAGACCCGUUGUCACAACUCCGCAUAUCGGUUGGUGGCGGUGAUGACCCGGAUCUUGAUCACCUGGAGCUUUGGGUUGAAAUUCAGAAGCAGGUGAAGAUCUUGAAGGAAGAAAUGGAUGAGAAGAGCAUUAAGAGCACUGCGAGGAGGUAUGAUUGA